AUGCGUCCGGUUGUGAUCCUCGCGGGGAUCUUCUCCGUGUUCUGCCUGCUGCAGACUUGCCACGGUGCAGCUGAGGGGGUUAAGUAUGCAAACAAGAAUCUUCUGGUGAAGCAAAAGUUCUUUUUUGAGAUCCUUCGCAACAUCUAUCAGCCAUUGGAGUUUGAGGAGUAUCUACCGUACACCAAAUCUUGGGUUGAAGAUGAGACCAAGUACACGGAUUAUGCAAAGGUGUCGGAGUUCUUCGCAUUGUUCAAGACGGGAUUCCUUCCGAAAGGAGAGAUCUACACCAUUUUCAAUUAUUGGUACAUGAAGCAGACGAGGCUGUUGUUCAACUUCUUCUACUAUUCCGCUGACUGGGACACGUUGUAUAAAAAUGUGGUUUGGGCUCGUGAGAAUACCAACGAGGGAAUGUUCAUGUACGCGGUUACAUUGGUAGUGUUGCAUCGUAAAGAUUUGCAAGGAGUUGGAUUGCCGGCAGUGUACGAGCUGAACCCGUACAUGUUCUUCAACGGAGAUCUAAUUCACGACGCUAUGGUGAAAAGAAUGUACGAUUCGGAGUAUGGGUUCCACUCGGUUGGCAAGCUGAAUAGAGCUGUGAGCAAUUUUACUUCGAAAUUUUCCACUAAUUAUUAUGGAGAAGGAAAAAUGGCUUAUUUCACGGAGGACAUUGGAAUGAACGCAUACUACUUCUACUACAUGAUGGAAUACAUUAACUUCCUGGGAGGUGACGAAUUCGGAUUGAAAUACGAUCGUCGUGGAGAGCUAUUCCUGUACAUGCACCAGCAGCUGAUGGCUCGUUACAACCUUGAACGGCAAUCAAAUACGAUGGACUUUGUCGAGAUGUUGCAGUGGAACUUCCCCUUAAAGGCCGGAUACAACCCAAUGCUGCGCUAUUGGAACGGCGUUCCCAUGCGAUCCCGAGACAGCGAGUUCACCUUGAAGGGAUACGAUCCGAUGAAGUUGCAAACCAUGCUGGAGAUCGAGCAACGUUUCAAGCGGGUUAUCGAUCUUGGAUACUACACCUUGAGCAAUGGAACGGUCGUCAGCUUCCGAGCUCCAGAAGCCGUUGAUUUCCUCGGAAACAUGAUGGGAGGAAACGCCGACAGCAUUGAUCGGGAUUAUUUUAAGGCAUACGGCGUAUUUGCUCGCAUGAUCCUCGCUCAAGGAGACUUUUACGGAUUCACGUCCGAUCUCUGGCCGGGUGCCGUUAUGCAAAUGGAAACUUCAAUGCGCGAUCCAAUCUACUACCAAUUCGUGGAACGUGCGCUUGAUCUUUACUGGCGUUUCAAAUCCUACCUGCCGCCGUACACCAACGCCGAGCUGAACUUCCCUGGAGUUGAGAUCAAAGAGUUUUCCAGCGACAAAUUGAUCACCUACUUCGAACAGUACGACGCUGACAUCAGCAACGGACUACCCUUCAACUACAAAAACUCCCAACAAAAAAGCACCUGGGAUUUCCGCGUAUUCGCGCACAAAAAGCGAAUCAAUCAUAAACCGUUCAAUUACACCUUAACCGUUACGUCCGAAACCGCCGGCAAGGGAGUCGUCCGGAUGUACAUGGGACCAAAGUUCACCAACAUCAAACAGCUAACCCUGCUCAAGAAGUACUUCGUCGAGAUGGAUCAGUACAUGGUGGACCUCGUCGCCGGAGAAAAUCUUAUCAAGCGCAGCACACACGACUUUUACUACAACAUCCGCGAUCGUACGACCUACACCGAACUGUACAAACGAACCAUGCGGGCGAUCAACGACGAGGAGCCACUGCCCCUGGAUCUCUCCGAAGCCCACUGUGGAUGGCCGGAUCGACUGCUUCUCCCCAAGGGACUGCCCAACGGAUACGAGCUGACGUUCUACUUUGUGAUCAGUCCGUUCCGAGCGCCGAAGGUAGCGCAGUACUCGACGUACGAUGCGACGAUCAGCUGUGGAGCGGGUUCAGGGUCGAAGUACACGGAUGAUCUUCCGUUUGGGUUCCCGUUCGAUCGAGAUUUGGAUGUCGGUUCGUUCGUGACCAAGAAUAUGCUCUUCAAGGACGUGCUCAUUUAUCACUUUGAUCAUAUGGGCAAUUGAGUCAGAUUAUUUCCACUCAUAGAACAUAACUCUUAAGUA